AACAUGACAAGUCAGGAAGUGAAGGGCGGUGGUUGAGCAAAAAAGAGCUGCUUCAACAAUCUCAACUGACACCGAACCACUAGUUGUCGUCAGAGAUCGAAAGAGUCAAGAUGUCGAGCAAACGGGCAAAGGUGAAGACCACCAAGAAGCGUCCCCAGCGCGCCACUUCCAAUGUCUUUGCCAUGUUCGACCAGUCGCAGAUCCAGGAGUUCAAGGAGGCCUUCAACAUGAUCGACCAGAACCGCGAUGGCUUUGUGGACAAGGAGGACCUCCACGACAUGCUCGCCUCGCUGGGGAAAAAUCCCAACGACGACUACCUGGACGCCAUGAUGAGCGAAGCUCCCGGGCCCAUCAACUUCACCAUGUUCCUCACCAUGUUUGGAGAGAAGCUCAACGGCACAGACCCCGAGGACGUCAUCAGGAACGCCUUCGCCUGCUUCGACGAAGAGGGGACAGGUUUCAUCCCGGAAGAUUAUCUCAGGGAGCUGCUCACGACGAUGGGCGACCGCUUCACGGAAGACGAGGUGGACGAGCUCUUCCGCGAGGCGCCCAUCGACAAGAAGAACAACUUCAACUACGUGGAGUUCACGCGCAUCCUAAAACACGGCGCCAAGGAUAAGGAUGAUUAAAAGGAAACUACCAAAGCCAGCAGAUUGUUUUUUCCUCCACCUUGUUUGUCAGUUUAGGCCGCUGUACUGCCAAUGUCGACUGUCCUGUAAGAAAUCUUUUUGUAAAGUACACCAAAGCAAUACAUUUCUGCUGUGUUGGUUGCGUGAUCGGGUUUAAGUGGACUUUUUUUUUUUUCUUUUUUUUUUUCAUUUUAUAAUAUAAAGUUUUUGAAUAAAGCCCUUUAUCAUG